GUAGUAGUACGAGAGAAGACAUCGCCGCGGUCGGUCGUUCUGUUGUCGCGUGUCGAGUGAUUCUGGUGGGUUGUUUCCAUUCUUCGAAUGGCAACAAACCCGCGUGUCGCGCCGGUUCACAAGUUUGGUUUGGUGUAAAGUUGCGUUUUUUUCUUCGCGGUGCAUUCCAGGCGUGAUAACAAGAGAAUACACGCGCAAAGGUUACGCGGACUUACGCGGAAGAAGCCUUUCGUUUGGGUGUCGUCGUCCUAUUAUUGAGGGGAAAUUAUCACACACCCGGAAUAUCAACUGAGUGUUGUUGGCUCUUUACGCGAUGAUCAAGUGAUAUCCCACGGAAGUGGACCAAUUAAGUGCCUUCUUUUGAGGUUCUAAGCUGCGGGCAACAGAAGUGAAGAUUGGAGGUUUAGGAAUAAAAGUGGAAUACAAUACGUACAGCAGAAGGAGAGAAAAAGACAAACACACAACAUGGGCAAAGUCGAAGUGGACAAGAAGCUGCUGCCGAUGAAGGCGCACUACUUCCUCUUCAAUGCAGGAACCGCGCCGGUCGUACCGUUCAUGCCAACGCUGAUUAUUCAGCUCGGAUUCUCGCCCGUCAUCGUGGGAACCGUGUACAGCGUCCUGCCGUUGGUGGGCAUGCUGGUGAAACCCUUGUUCGGGUUGAUUGCCGAUCGAUUCCAACGUCAGAAGCUGCUGUUUCUACUGUUUCAGAUCCUGUCGGCCGUUCCGUUCUUUCUGAUCAUGUUCAUCCCGGCGAUCCCGCAAGAGUCUACCGUCAGCUUCCACUGCCACGGGGGAACCUCGAACCUGCGCUACUGUCCACCAAACGGAACAACGCUGGACAGCUGUCUAACGGAUCGGAUCGUGAACGUCGAAAGCAACAAUGCCACCAUCCGGUGCGAGUUGGAGUGCCAAACGGAACACUGGAUGUGGGACACGAUCUGCAAGUACUGGAAGGUGGAAAAGUUCUGCGACCAUAGCAACAUUCCCUCCAACGGACAACUCGAGCUGACCGGACUUGUUCCGACGAACCAGAUCGAGCUGCAGCAGGACUGUUUGUGGUUCGUGCUGUCCGGAGCGGAAAUGGACGGAGAUCGGGUGCCAUUGUACUGCCCGGUGAAUACCACAGAUUUUCGGACCAACUGCCAGGUGAAGUGUGACAAUCAGAUCAUCACGGAGGCCAUUACGCACUCGAAGAUUGACGACAGCGAAGCGAAGGGUUUGUACCAGUUUUGGUUGCUGUUUUUGCUGCUGAUUCUGAGCUGGGCCGGAAUGGCCGUUGUAGUUAGUGUCGGCGAUGCAAUCUGCUUCGAUAUGCUGGGAGAUCGGCCGCACUUGUACGGUAACCAGAGGCUGUGGGGUUCCGUUGGUUGGGGAACGAUCUCGCUGGUGGCUGGAUAUUUGGUGGAUCACUUCUCGUACGGCAAGGCUACCAAGGACUACACCGUUGUGUUUUACAUGACGAUCGUGAUUAUUGGAGUGGACAUUUUGGUGUCGUCCAAACUUAAGCAUACUCAAACAAGACUGUCGACCAAUAUUGUGAAGGAUGUUGGCAAAAUUUUCGUCUCAUCCAGGAUAGUGAUCUACUUUUGCUGGUGCAUCCUGGUUGGACUGGGCACAGCCAUGAUUUGGAACUUCCUGUUUCUGCAUCUGGAGGAUCUGGCCGCAAAGCAGCAGGGCUGCGACCACACGGCCUGGAUCAAAACCCUCGAAGGCAUCGUCAUGUCAAUCCAAUGCUUUGGCGGUGAGCUGCCGUUCUUCUUCCUGUCCGGUUGGAUCCUGCGCAAGAUUGGCCACAUCAACGCGAUGAGCCUGGUCCUGCUGGGCUUUGGCGUGCGGUUCCUGCUGUACUCGCUCCUGGUCGAUCCGUGGUGGGUCAUUCCGAUUGAAUUUAUGAACGGCAUUACGUUCGGGCUGUUCUACGCCACGAUGGCAUCGUACGCGAGCAUCGUGGCCCCGCCCGGGACGGAAGCAACCAUGCAGGGUCUGGUGGGUGCCGUCUUCGAGGGCAUCGGCGUGUCGUGCGGCAGUCUGCUGGCCGGAAAUCUCUUCAACCAGGUUGGCGGCAGCCAAACGUUCCGGUGGUUCGGAGUGGCGGCGCUCGUGCUGUUUGCGGUGCACGUGGUCAUUCAGUGGGUGGUGGAUCGGUUCGCGGCACGGGGUAAGCAGCUGCAGCAGCACCACAGCCAAGCAGAGGAAAAGGUGGCAGGGAAUUCAAUGUUGACCGAUGGCAAGGACGAACUCGUUGCUGGUGGUGGUGGUGGUGGUGGGGACCGUGAUGUGCCAAAGUCCGAGUCGGUUCUGUCCGAGUCGACCGUGCAGGAAGAGUUGGAGGAGGAAGAACGCAAGGACGAACAGGUUGAGGGAAGUGACAAACAGGCGGGGAAGGUUGCCGCGAAGGAGGAUUAGGACCAAAGACCAGAGGGGAUUUGUUUUGCACUGAAGAACUCCACUGUUUUUAAUCGAUCUGAUGAAAAGUGCAUUUAGAUAUUGAUUUUGGACUAAGGCACAAGAACUAUCAGUACAAAAGCAUUUGUUUUGUAAUUUGAUUCACAAAAUGGUUGUGAAAUUAUUUUUAUUCUUUUAGUUUGAAUAAUAUUUUUAUUCCGUAAUACAGUUGAAUUUAUUUGAAAUAAACAUUAAAUCAAG